CACAGCUGGCCUAUGCAUGAUUGGCUGUGGUAUAACUAAUUUAUUCUCAACAAUGUAGACAAGGACAAAACAAUAAAUUUGUACACUACAUUAUCCAGAUAUUGCUUUUGUAUUUGGGUUGUGUAUUCAUUUUGUAUGGAAAAGCUAUUGUGUGGAUUAACAUUUGGCUCCCUAUGGUGAAUUUGGGUUGGAGGCCCAAUGUUUUUCAUAAGUUCAGAAAAAGCCAAAUUUAACUUAUUAGACAAAAGUUUCUUCCGACAAUCUUUUACUGUUUAUUUCUUCGAAGAAGGCUUUUACUGUUUAUUUCUCCGAAGAAGGAUGUUGAUCAUCUAUCUUCUUUUCUGAUGAGGGGUGAAAGUCAACACCCUCCCCCUUAAGUUGGAGGGGUGUGAAACAACCCCCAACUUGCUGAUAAGUUUGUGAUGAGAGUGACCAGGGAGAGGUUUAGUGAAGACAUCGGCAAGCUGAGAGGUCGAUGGAACGAAGUGUAAGAAAAUCAGGUCAGCUAAAAAUUGUUGACGAACAAAAUGACAAUCAUUCUCCACAUGCUUGGUCCGUUCACAAAAGACGGGAUGUUUUGAUAUAUGAAUUGCAACAAGGUUGUCAGAGUGCAGCGGAAUUGGAAAAGCUAGAGAAAUAGUAAAAUCAGUCAAUAGACGAACGAACCAUGUUAGCUCUGCAUCAACACGUCGCAUAGAUCUAUAUUCAGCCUCAGCCGAAGAAAGGGAGAUCAAAGGUUGCUUCUUUGAUUUCCAAGAAAUGGGUAAACUACCAAAACUGAUGAAAAAACCACUAAUUGAGCGACGCGAAUCAGGACAUGAACCCCAAUCGAAAUCACAAUAGAGAAGCAUGUCAAAAGAAGUAUUUGGGCGAUAGAGAAGACCAAGUCCAGGAUUCCCCACUAGGUAACGUAAACUAUGACAACAGCUUGAUAGUGUGGUAUACGAGUUGCAUAUAUUGACUCAGAUGCUGGACUGCAAAACACAAAUCAAGAAGUGUGUGGGUAAGAAAGAUAAGCUUUCCAUUCAAUCGGUGAUAAACAGUGGGAUCUGGCAACAAUUCACCAACAUUGGCCUAGAGUUUAUUGGAAGGCUCGAGUGGGGAAAGAGCAGAUUUCUUGUCAAGACAGUCAUAAUCAGAUAAGAGUUUCAAGAUUUUGAUAUACGAAGCUCAGCAGGGGAAAUGGUAAAUCAAUUGAAUACCCACUGCCCAUUCCCCGAUUGCUCAGAUGGUAUACCUCAAAAGGCGAUAAACUAAUCAAAGGUGAUUCAUAUUUGAAAAGAUGGAGUAAAAAGAGAGUGCACUCAUACCUUAUUCUCACAGUCCAUGAAAUGAAGCAGCACUACAUGAAAAAGUUUAAAGCAUUCACGGACGAACCGAAGGACGCAUUCAUCAAUGGCUUGAAGACCCAUCUAGAGGGUGUGACUAUCAUCACCUCAUCGGAGGAUGGUAAGGAUGGGGAUGAUGACCGAAAUUUGGGUGGAAAUGUUGUUUCAAGGCAUGUCACUCGGGGUGUGGGGACGAGUAAGUCGACAGCAUUGGGAAAGACACCGAUGAUUAAAAAUCUGAAAGAACGCAUGUUUAGGUUGGAGGAGUCGAUCAAGGACAUCGCUGAUUUUGUGAAAGAGGAGAGGCUGAGGAGAGCAGAAAAGGAGAAGCAAAAAAAGCGAGAUGAAGCUGAAGGUGUGCAGGUGCAAAGUUGGCAUUCAGCGGUGAGGGUUGUCCGCGAUAACAACAGCAUUAAAGAAGCGCUCCUUGAGGUAGCAGCUUUUGAACAGGCCUACAUCAAUUUUGAUGAGGUGAUGAUCCCUGAGAUUGCAGCUGUUGUGGAGAAGGAAAAUCUCGAUGAAGGGGAUGAAGAAAAAAAAGAAGGAAAAAAUGAAGAAGCUGUUUGUGAAGAAAAAAACAAAGCUGAUGGAUCAGCUGGUGUGCAGAAGGAGGAUCAUGAUGAAGGCAGACAGGAUGAAGAUGAUAAAAAUGAGAAAAGUGGUUCUGAAGAAGAAAGCAACGAAGAAGAUGGAGAGAAAGUAGAAGAAAAGAAUGCAGAAGAAGUAGAAAAAGAAGAGGGAGAAGAAGAACAUAAAGAAGAAGGAAAAAAUGAUGCACCAGAAAAAAAAGGCAUCGCGAAGAACGAAAACGAGAAUGAAUUUCUGAACAUAGAUGGAUUUCUUAAUGGAGUUACUCAGGACAUCAACAAGAUGCAAGUGGAAGACGAAAAUGUUGAAUGUUUAGACAAUAUUUAAUUUUUAUUUGUGGCUGAUUAUUUUUAUUAGACUAGACAAUCUUAACUUUCAACUUUCAGCUCGAGAUGUGUGGAACAAUUUUAUUUUCUAAACUGCUUUUAUAGUUUAUCAUAAAUAUCUUUCAUUUUAUAUAAUCAAAUUAUCAUUGCUU